CUGCAUAUUGAGUUUUGAUGUUUGAUGGCUCCGCCGAGUCCAAGAGUAGUGGUGAAUGUGGAUUUGAAUAAGAAACCAUGGCAGCAGAAUAAGCCACUUCAUAAUAGAUGGCAUCCUGAGAUACCACCAGUAGCAGAGGUCAAGGCUGGCGAGUUCUUUAGGGUGGAAAUGGUUGACUGGACGGGAGGUGCAGUGAAAGAUGAUGAUUCUGCUGGCGAUAUUAAGAGCAUAGACCUUUCUACUGUUCAUUACCUGAGUGGGCCAAUCAACGUUGUAGAUGAGGAUGGUGUUGCAGCCAAGCCCGGUGAUCUUCUUGCCGUUGAGAUAUGCAACUUGGGUCCUCUUCCAGGAGAUGAAUGGGGCUUCACUGGUUCGUUUGAUAGAGAGAAUGGCGGUGGGUUCUUGACUGACCAUUUCCCUUGUGCAACCAAAGCUAUUUGGUACUUUGAAGGGAUUUAUGCCUACUCUCCUCAAAUUCCUGGAGUACGAUUUCCGGGUUUGACACACCCAGGAAUCAUUGGCACUGCACCAUCAAAAGAACUCCUGAGAAUUUGGAAUGAAAGGGAAAGACAAUUAGAAGAAAGUGGUCCCAAAUCCCUAACAUUAUGCGAGGUUGUGCAUCAGCGGCCACUGGCAAACCUACCAACAAGUACAGGAUGCCUCCUCGGAAAUAUUGAAGAGGGAACACUAGAAUGGGAAAGAAUUUCCAAGGAGGCUGCAAGGACAAUACCGGGAAGAGAAAAUGGAGGAAACUGUGACAUAAAGAACUUAAGCAGAGGCUCUAAAAUAUAUCUUCCAGUGUUUGUAGAAGGGGCUAAUCUAAGCACAGGUGACAUGCAUUUCUCACAAGGUGAUGGUGAGAUCUCAUUCUGCGGAGCCAUUGAGAUGAGUGGAUUUCUAGAACUUAAGUGUGAAAUUAUAAGAAACGGGAUGCAGGAAUACCUUACUCCAAUGGGACCGACCCCUCUCCAUGUAAACCCAAUCUUUGAGAUAGGGCCAGUGGAACCGAGAUUCUCAGAGUGGCUGGUGUUUGAGGGUAUCAGUGUCGAUGAGAGCGGGAAACAACAUUACCUUGAUGCAACUGUAGCUUACAAACGAGCAAUUCUCAACGCUAUAGACUAUCUCUUCAAAUUUGGUUACUCAAAAGAACAGGUAUACCUCUUACUCUCAUGCUGUCCGUGCGAAGGAAGAAUAUCUGGGAUAGUCGAUUCUCCAAAUGCAGUUGCUACGCUUGCAAUACCAACUGCCAUCUUUGAUCAGGAUAUUCGGCCAAAGACCCGAAAGGUUCCAGCAGGACCUCGCAUUGUGAGGAAACCAGAUGUCCUGAAGAGCACAUAUGAUGGAAAAAUUCCAAUUACAAAGAAUCCAAGUUCUUCUUCAUCUUAGCUAGUACAAAAGAAAUUAGAUAUAGAAACUAAAUCAUAGUCUGUAUAAUCAAGCAUAUGCUUGAUAUUUAUUAUAAAAACUACAUUAUGUAUUUAUUAUUAAAACACUGGUAUGUUAUGGCCUACCUAAAACA